GUGGCGGGGUCGGGGGCCGUGGCGGGGGUGCCACCGGGGGCCAGAUGUCGAUCUCCGGUGCGGGAGGAGGAGACGGGCCCCCAUCGCUCCAACCAAAGGAUGCAGGUGUCCUUGACCGUCUCUGAUGGGCGGAGGAGGGGAGGAGAGGACCGGAACAGAUUCUGCAUCUGGUUGGAGAGAGCUGGGAGGUGGAGGAGCGAACAUGACAGCUGGUUCAGUGUGUGUCCCUCAGAUCAUACCACUACGAGUGCCUCAGCCUGGAAAAGCGAACCAUGAAAUUGAUAAUAAUACUCUUUUGGAAAUGAAAUCAGACACCCCAGAUGUCAAUAUAUAUUACACCCUGGAUGGCAGCAAACCUGAAUUUCUGAAGAAAAUUGGUUAUGGUGAAAAUAACACAUUUAAGUAUACAAAACCUAUUACUCUGCCUGAUGGGAAGAUACAAGUUAAAGCUAUUGCAGUGUCUAAAGACAACAGACAGAGUGGAAUUGUCACGAAGGUGUUCCAGGUAGGCUGUGAGCCGCCCAGCCCAGCCUCUUCUGGAGACAGAGCGGAAAAUGUUCUCAAAGGCUCUGCAAAGCAGGAACUAAAAAAUGGAUUUGUUGGACCAAAAGUAAGGAAAAAAUAUAAGAGUGCUGAAAAUAAACCUGGUUGGAAUGUUAACCUUCGAAAGUUUCCAGACCUCGAGGUAGGCGAAAGAUCUACGCUUCUGAAAGCUCUGAAAGCUCUUCGCUUCUCAGAGAGUCCACUGGAAAUCCCAGCUUGCUGUGAAGGAUCAAGUUCUAGGCUGCUCAACCACCAGUCCCAGUCCCCUGGUUUUGCACACAUACCAGGCCAGAAGAGUUUGACAAGCACGGAGAUCAUGAGAAUCCAAAGGCAGACAGACUUUCUCAAGUGUGCCCACUGCCUGGCCCCUCGCCCAUCAGAUCCUUUCGCUAGAUUCUGUCAGGACUGCGGUGCUCCUGUCCCACCCAUAUUGGGCUGUCGUCUUCCACCCCCAGAAGGAGCGCAGAUGGGCUUGUGUGCAGAAUGUGGAAACGUGGUGCCCAUGAACACCCCCAUCUGUGUGGUAUGUGAGGCCCCACUUGCUCUACAGCUGCAGCCCCAGGCCAGCCUCCACUUGAAGGAGAAGGUGAUCUGCCGCUCCUGUGGUACAGGGAAUCCUGCACACCUACGAUUCUGUGUCACCUGCGAGGGGGCCCUGCCUGCACCACAAGAGUCCCGGAACAGUGGAGAGAAAGUGCCCCCUCUGCCGACCCAGAAAGGGGAGACCACUUCCUGGUGCAGAUGUGGCCGCCAGAACCUCGGGGAGGCAAUCUUCUGCGACUGGUGUGGAGCCAUGCUUGGCCUUUCUCCCAGCCACUCUGUCUGCCCUAAAUGUGGGGCCAGCAAUCACCCAUCUGCUCGGUUCUGUGCUUCCUGUGGCAUUUGUGUGAACUCCAUGGCAAGACGGAGCCUGGACAGCAUCCCGCCUGUACUGGCUGGGGAGCCCUGCCCCGCGUCUCAGCCCCGCUAUGCUUGGCAGCCCCUAACUGUCCCUCUGUCCAGCCCUGAUGCUGGGCCUAAGAAGCACACAGGCACCCAGACCGUGGGCCUCUUCUACCCGUCCAGCCGACGGCUGGCUGCAAAGGAGCUGGAGCUGGAGACACCCAGCCGCAGGCCCCCGCUGACGGCCGUGAGCCCAGGCAGAGGGUACUGGAGAAAACAGUUGGAUCACAUUUCUGCUCACCUCCGGUCCUAUGCUCAGAACAAUCCUGAGUUCCGGGCCCUGGUCUCGGAGCCCAGGAUGGGGAAGCUCAUCUCUGCCACUGUCCAUGAAGAUGGCUGUGAAGUUAGCAUCAGGCUGAAUUAUAUUCAAGUCUCCAACAAGAACCUGUACCUCAGCAAAGCAAUGGACUUCAGCAACCGCUUUCUCAGCAGUAUCACCGAGGGUGGCGAUGGCCUCUAUGGCAGCAGGUCCAGCUUGGUAAGUGACUACAGCCAGAGUCCCGCAGAUACCACUGAACAGGCCGUGAGGAUGAGGAAUGUCAAGACCAAAACUUUUCACAGAAAGAAAGAGCAGCUGAUGCCUAGAAGCAGACACCUGGUGGAAGAAGUGAGCCUGGCAGGGGAUGGAAGAGUCUCUGUGCUUGAACAGCUAUUGGACAAGGACGCAGACCCCGGCUGCAGUGACAGCGAGGGCCGAUCUUCUGCUGUUUCAAAUAAGCACCAGGAAGCCAUUCCGGUUCACACGGGGAGAGGAGUGGAUGUGGACCAGCCGUGGGGGCUGUGCAGCACGAGCCUCCAGAGGAUGAACACUCAAGGCCAGACAGCCCACGACCUGGCUCUGGAAAGGGAGGACCACCGUGUCACCUCACUGUUUGAUGAUAAGUUCAGCAAGGAGCUGGGGGACCAGCUCAGUCAGCCCAAGAGUUGCAGCCCAGAUGACCAGCAGGCCCAAGGCAGCCGUGGGCCCUCAUGGAAGGAGCCACUCAGCUCUGUUUCUGAAGUGUGCAUCUGAGAUUGGGAACUAAGCUUGAGAGAAACACUUGAUUCUUUUCUUUAGAGCUGGGCAUGGUGAUGCAUUGCCUGUAAUCCCAGCAUUCCCAGAGGC